AUGAAUGCGGUAAAACGCAAAGGAGCUGGUUUUACUUCGGCUCCUGGUGGUUAUCUUCCCUUUACAACCAUACUUCCUCAGGAACCGAAAGACUUUCAUUUCUGGAAAGCUGCCCGUCAAGGCGUAUUCACCGCCGACGGAACGCUAGUUGGCAUCGUUUAUGGUCAAACAAUGGCCAUCAUCUGUGAUUGA